AUGGAUGGCGGCGGUGCAAGCGGCGGUGGAGGUUUUGGCGGCUGGAGCGGAGGGGAUGGUGGUGCCGGAGCCGCAGCAGCAGCCGCCUUUACACCACAUCAUCGCCAUCACCACCAUAAUCAUUCUGGCAGCCGGACAUCAACCGGGAAGCCAUCUCAUACGCAGGGUGCACCCGGUAUGACCGGCGCAUCGUCAUCCGAACCAGCAGCAGAACCGGCUCAAGCUCCGGCGAGUGGAGCAAACGACGAGGCCCAAUGGUCGCUCAAGGAUAUCCUCUGGCAAGGGCGUGAUUGCAAGAUCAUCACCCAAAACCAGAAUGGACCCUGCUCGCUCAUCGCUCUGUGCAAUAUUCUGCUAUUGAACGGCGAGUUGCAGAUCACGCCUCCCGAUCGACCGGUAGUCAGCUACAGCUACUUGAGUCAGCUGCUCGCCGAGCAUCUGCUGACCAAAGUCACCAACCAAGGUCACGGAGGAGAAGGACUCGAAGCGGCGCUCAGCACUUUGCCUCGAACUCAGCUCGGGCUGGACGUCGAUGUUGGCUUCGACUCGAUCACCUCCUUCGCCGCAACCGCAGGCAACGAUGGAGGUGCCGGAGAGCUGGCCCUGUUCCAGCUGUGCGGCGUGCAGCUCGUUCACGGCUGGCUCCCCGAUCCUGCCGACGCAAACACCUACGAGGCUGUCCAAGCAGCAGGUAGCUACAAUCGAGCCACCGACAUUGUGGUCAAGGGCGACGAGGUGGCCGAUGGUGCCGUUGUUCGUGAUCGUGGGGUCGGCGUCUUGGCGGCAAAGCUGGCAAGCCAGAGCGAUACUUCGAAUGGCAAGCAACCGGAGCGUCUGGCUUGGACAGACGAACAGCGAGCGAUCGUGCGCCAGGCGCUGGCUCUGCAGUCGUUCCUUGACACGCAGUCGACCCAGCUCACGUACCAAGGUCUGUUCGUGCUUGCUCAAGAGAUACCUGCAGGCCAACCGGUAGCACUGUUUCGCAACUCGCAUCUAUCGGUGCUAUACAAGCGGCUACCUCACGAAGGCGUGGAGGUAGCAGCUUCAGGUGCCGCUCCUCUGUCGCCGCCGCCGACCCUGUUCACGCUUGCUACGGACGCGAGUUUCUUGAUGGAGGACGAGAUCGUAUGGGAGAGCUUGGUGGAUGUGGAUGGCGCAAGCAGUGAAUUCUACGACGGCAAGUUUCACAAGUCCACGCUGCGGCAAGGCGACUACGUGGGACGCGAUGCAGACGGGUUGGGAGGGGCGGGAGCGGGAGGCGCGGGGUUUCAUCAGAAUGAAGACGCCGAUUAUGCGCUGGCGAUGCAGAUUUACCACAACGACCAGGAUCGAUUGGAGCGACACCAGCAGAGAAGGCGGAACAGACCGUCACAGUCGCAGCAAAAUGGGGCGCAGUCGAGAGUGGCGCCAGGGCAGCAACGCGGCGCAGCAGCUGCACCCGCACCCGCACCCGAGCCGGUGUUUGAGACGCCGAAUGAGGUGUUCACCACCAUGCGGUACGAGGCAGAGCCAAGCACGAGCGGAGCGGAUGCAUUGGUCGUAUCGAGCCUGGUACCGCCACAAAUGAAACGCGGCCAGUCGGAGCUGCUGGACGGACUGCAAGGACUGUCGAUCGGAGCUGCAGAACCAGCUGCUCCUCUUGCGAGCCAGUCGACGAAUCCGUUUCUGAAUGCUACAGAGACAGCUGCAUCCACAGCAAGCGCGGCGCACCCAACCAACCCGUUCCUUGCCAACAAUACUCACGCAGAGAAGCACCGGCUGUAUCAGCACAUUCCAUUGCUCGAGCAGCAUCUGGAGCGUCUGAAGCUGUCGGCGGGUGCCAUAUGUCGGGCUUACUCUGCAGUGUGGUCGAUGCCGUUGCUGGAGCAGGAGAGGUCGCUGGAGUCGGAACGCAUCCUGGCCGCCAUCGAAUCAAAGCUGAGCGAGGACGCAAACGGCGACAGCGCACCGGGUCAAGUCAAAGGAAUCCGUGUAGCGAUUCGACGGGAUGGAUCGAUCAACGUGACCCAGCGCACCAUCGCACCGUUCCCGAGCACUCUGAACGAUGGAGCGAGGGUACACAGACCACCGAGCGUGCGACUGGACUUGCAACCGACACGCGUGCGGACGAUGGACUUGGAGCCGAUCGUGUUCAACAAGACGGAUGCACGUGGGUUCUACGAAGCGGCCAAGCAGCGCGUGGGUGCCGAUGCAAGCGUGCUGAGUGGAAUGCGCGAAACGGAUGGGAAAUGCUUCGACGUGAUUCUGUGGAACGACGAAAUGGAGCAAGUGGUAGAUAGAUCAAGUGCAAUAGUGACAUCGCCGACCAGGCUGGUGACCGAGUCGAGCUUGGCCAACGUCUUGGUGGAAGAGGUCAGCGCGGAUGGAGGCGAGUCGCGCUUCGUGACACCGCGAACGCAGACGGGCAUGCUGGACGGUCUGCUUAGACACUGGCUGGUAGGUAAGGGGUUGGUGACAGAGGAGGACGUAACGCUCGACGAACUUGUCGGACGGGUCGACUCAGGGGUAGCUCAUGUCUGGCUCUGCAACUCGCUUCGUGGAGUGUGGAAGGUGGAUCUGCUCCGCAUGCCACAACAUGAUGGUUAUACGACCCGACUUGGUGCAGGAAACGCAGGUGCCGACGGUGCGCCAUCGCGGGUGAAAAAGACACGCUUCUCUUCCUUCGUCAGACGCGCUUCUCACCGCGAGUCCAGCAGCGGGGCAGCAGCAGACCCGAGACCGGCAGAGGCAGUGCACGACGAGGUGAUCGACGAUCUGUACGGACACAGGCAGGAGACCAGCAGCGCCAGUGGCAACAAGCUCAAGGGCAAGAAGGUGAAGAAGAACAAGGACGACAAGAAAGACUGCUGCAUCAUGUAA